AUGACACCUCGCUCUUCGUCCUCCGCCUGGGCUGCAAAGCAAAGCACUAACAAACGACAGAAAGCAACUGAGUCGGAUACGAUCCAGUAUUCUGGGUCUGUUAAAGAAACAUGCGAGCUCACAAAGAUUAAAAUUGCCCCUACUAAGAAUAUUUCUAGAUCCAAUCCACGAGGAGAGACGGCGAUUUUCAGGGCCGACGCUUUGGACCCUGAGCCUCCAGACAUUCUACCUGGCCGUAAUGCCGAGGGCCGAGCGAUAGGAAAGACCAGCGAGUCAGAAGCAUGGUUGGGAACCAAAUCCGACCUACAAUAUGACGGCUCGACCAAUACCUCACCCCCCAGCUCAAAACUAAACAUGAUAUCUCUCGAGCAGCCCGCAAGGCGUCCAGGCUUGUUUAAGCCGCCCCUUCUCCUCCUAUUCCGGGGCCCUAGGCAGAAACACCAUAUUCCAGAGAGAGCACCUCUUUUGGACCACGACGGUAAGCAGGAGCUGGGCACGUCAGGCGCUGAGGUGUGGGGGGUAGAAGCGCAAAGAGCUGGCAGUGGGAAGAGAGAAUCAGGCGCAUGCGGCGAGAAUGAUGGCUGUGAGGCAGAGAGACAAGAAAAAAAAAGCCCCACGAAUGAGAGGCUGGUUACACUGCAGAGAAAAGCAAAACUCACGAUCAGUCCAGCUGCCGACGAUGAGGUCAAGCAAGCUAUCACCCUCUUCAACCCCUAA